AUGUUGAAAAAAUCCGGAUGGUCUCCUAAAGAGGAUCCCAGGGUACGAGAUGAAUUCUCUAAGAUACAUAUGAAGCUGCGGCAAUGGGCGAGAAACUAUGGCGUCCUGGCUUUUGAAGAUAUAGAGGAAGUUCCGGCGGCAGAAAAGGAUCGUAUUAUUGGGUUGUUGGAUGGAUACUCCUUUGAAACAGAUUGGAAGACAUUAAUCACAAAAGCUUCGAUCCCACGAAAUAAGAUUCCGGCUAUACUUCUCCAGUCACUAUUGGCGAAGGAUGUCUUUGAAUGGGUGUUCGGUGAUCCUUUUUUUUCUUUUGCUGAGAUCGACAACACAUCUAGUUUACCAAAUUCCAAGGAAUGGAAGCAUGUUUAUAGGGAAAUGAUAAAAGUUGAUGAGCCCGAAGCACAUAUCUGGCGGUCACAAACACUGCGGAUUCUAUCCACAGUUACAAACCCGAGCACAGAGUCUCAUCUCGCUAGACGCAUUCGUUUAUUGUCAAGUCAGAAAGCAGCCGGCUUUCUUACCAGCCCAGCUAGCCUGCUACUUCGACAGGCUUCAAAGCCCGGAAGCGGAGAUAAAUGUACUCAAGACGUACAGAAGCUAUAUCAUGAGGUAGCAGAAUUUGCCUUGUUAUUGUGGACUCAACGAACGUUCAUAAAGCUCUACAGCCAGCACGAGUUACCCAAGUUCUAUAUAUCAAAUCCCAAGACGGAGGCACAUAGCCUGCACCAUCUAGAUGAAGAUGAUACACGACUGGAUGGAAAGGAUGUACUUCUGUUUGUUCAGCCAGCCGUCGUAGCUUUUGGAAACGAGGACGCCGAAAAUUAUGACCGCUCCAAAAUUUGGGCCCCUGCCACUGUCAUGGUGGAUGAAAGAUCUUAG